AUGAUACAAGAAAAUGCUACUGAAGUGAAUGAAUUCUUUCUCCUGGGAUUCGAUGCUCAACAGAAGUUUAAAUAUGUACUCUUCAUUGUAUUUCUUGUUAUCUAUACAACCUCCGUGGUGGGUAAUACUGGGAUGAUCCUUCUCAUCAAUACAGAUUCCAGAUUUCAAACUCCCAUGUACUUUUUCCUACAACAUUUGGCUUUUGUUGAUAUCUGCUAUACAUCAGCUAUCACUCCCGAAAUGUUACAAAACUUCACAGUAGAGAAUCACUCGAUAUCAUUCAGGGGCUGUAUGAUACAAUUAUUGGUUUAUGCAACAUUUGCAACCAGUGACUGUUACCUCCUGGCUACUAUGGCUGUAGACCGUUACGUAGCCAUCUGUAAGCCACUCCGCUAUCCUAUAAUCAUGUCCCGAACAGUCUGCAUCCAAUUGGUAGCUGGAUCAUAUAUCAUAGGCACAAUAAAUGCCUCUGUACACGUAGGUUUUACAUUCUCACUGUCCUUCUGCAAGUCCAACAACAUCAACCACUUUUUUUGUGAUGGUCCUCCAAUUCUUGCCCUUUCAUGCUCCAACAUUGACCUCAACAUUAUGCUAAUUUCAGUUUUUGUGGGAUUUAACUUGACAUUUACCAUGUUGGUUGUUGUCUUCUCCUACACAUACAUCAUUGCUGCCAUCCUGAAGAUGUCUUCCAUUGCAGGGAAGAAAAAAGCAUUCUCUACAUGUGCUUCCCACCUGACUGCUGUCACCAUAUUCUAUGGAACCCUUUCUUACAUGUACUUAGAACCUCAUUCUUCUACUUCCCAGAAGAAUAUGAAAGUGGCCUCCACGUUUUAUGGCAUUGUGAUUCCCAUGUUGAACCCUCUGAUCUACAGCUUGAGGAAUAAGGAGGUAAAAGAAGCUCUAAAAGGGAUAGGGAAAAAGUUCUUCUAG